UAUUUUUUCUUUAUUUUAAAAUUAUUGUUUUAAUUGCCCAUAUUUUUGUGGUAUAGUAUGGUAAUAGAUUCAUAUAUACAAAUGUGCAAUAAUUAAAUCAGGCUCAGAUUUUUUUAAAGAAUGGCUUUUUUUUUGAGAAAAAGAGAAAGAGCUACCAUUUGUUGUUGCACUCAUGUUCUUAAAGAUUUCUUUGAAACACAGAGAGAAAGAGAGAGGGUGACAUGGAGAACGACAUCUUCCACCACCACUUCUUUCAACAAGUGGUUAUAACAGCCAGGGCUUGGGUAGGUGGAAGCCUGCAGCCAAGAACACCAUUUAGCUCUCCUGUGUGGUCAUCAGAGUAUGCACAAGUAAUCAAAAUGCUGGGAAAUGGACGAUUAGAAGCAAUGUGCUUUGAUGGUGUAAAGCGAUUAUGCCAUAUUAGAGGAAAAUUGAGAAAGAAGGUUUGGAUAAAUACCUCAGACAUUAUUUUGAUUGGUCUCCGAGAGUAUCAGGAUAACAAAGCAGACGUAAUUUUAAAAUACAAUGCAGAUGAAGCUAGAAGUCUGAAGGCAUAUGGCGAGCUUCCUGAACAUGCUAAAAUCAAUGAAACCGAUACAUUUGGUCCUGGAGAUGAUGAUGAAAUCCAGUUUGAUGAUAUUGGAGAUGAUGAUGAAGACAUUGAUGAUAUCUAAAUUGAAUUCAGUUUUCAUUUUCUGAAGACAUUAACUGGGAAUUUUGACCAUCAACUUAAGAAGAAUAGAACUUUAUUUACCAUGAGUAUUGUUUAUUAAAACAAAUUGUCUUAAUUCCGUUUUUUUUUUAAUGUAUUUACUAUACUAUAUUUCUUUAAAAAUUGAUGUUGAACCAUCUUAGGUGACAUAUUAAUUCUUUAUUUUUUAUAUAAUGAGACUUAGAAAUAAAACAUUUUUAAAAAAGAGAAAGAAAUGCCUUUUCAACCAUUGACAGUCACAGUUGCAAGAAAUUGAUGUUUAAUCAGAAUUGAAAAUCAAAAUUGAAAGUCAUAGAUUUGUCUGGAAUAGUAUUUAACUAAUUUCUAUAGUCUAUGGACUUGUUCUGUAUCUUUCAGAAAUAUAUUUAUGGUCUCUAUAACAUUUAAGAAUGAUCAAAAUAUACUUUGGAAUGGUGUCAGCUUAA